CAUCACAGGCAAGAAGAGGAAGCAGCUAGGAAGUUGUCUGCCUUCCUGACAGCCGCGAGAAGGAAAGUAAAAAAAAAAAACAACCCAAAAAACAAAAAGGCCAAAUUGGAGCUCACCUGUUCCCCUUUUGAUUCAAAGCAGCACAUUUAAAUAGCAUCAGAUAUGUCGAAGAACACAGUUUCCGCCCGCUUCAGGCGAGUGGACGUGGAUGAGUACGACGAGAACAAAUUUGUGGACGAGGACGACGGCGGAGAAAAUCAGCUGGGACCUGACGAGGCAGAGGUGGACGCUCUCAUCAGACAAGCGAAUCUCAUAGAGGCAUUACAUGCAGUCCUGAAGAACCCACCCAUCAACACAAAAAAUCAAAACGUCAAGGAUCGAGCUGAAGGCCUAGUGCUGAAGGUGCUCAGUGCCUUUAAGAGCAGUGACAUUGAGAAAGCGGUCCAGUCACUUGAUAAGAAUGGCGUAGACCUGCUGAUGAAAUACAUCUACAAAGGCUUUGAGAAGCCAUCAGAGAACAGCAGCGCAGUCCUGCUGCAGUGGCAUGAAAAGGCUCUGGCUGCCGGAGGAGUGGGCAGCAUUGUCAGGGUACUGACGGCGAGGAAAACCGUCUAAAAGCAGAGUGGAGAGGCUUGUCACAUCACUGACACGCUGCACUGUUCAUGUACCAGAAGGCAUCGAACCUAAAAGGAAAACCAGAUUUUUGUUCGUUUUUACGAUGCUGAUUUACUUGAGGCAAAAAUAUAGGACAUGAAAUGUGGGCCAGCGUGGGUUAAAAGCUGGUUUUCUUUUUCUCUUCUAUUUCAGUCAUUGGAGCCUAAAAUACAGUCCUCACAAGGUGCUAAAAAUACCUUCCUACUACAUCCAUUUGCUGCUUCCUUUCCACCAGUGAUGCCCAACUCUAGAUCAGUGUUAGUAAAAAGCAUGAAGUAAUAAGAUGUGGUACCUCUGCUGUUCACACACUGCAUUUUAGCAAAAACACUGGUGGAACUUCUGUUAUGUUAGUCUGCAUCAACUCCACAUCAGUAGUCACACUUUCACUAUUCUUAUUUGUUCUCCAUUAUGUUGGUUUAGCACCAGAGACUGAGUGAAUAAAAGCAGUAAAUCCUCUGAGAGUAACACUUGAGCUGUGAGCAUCUACAGAAAAAGCACAUUUGCAAAUGGCGGGUGAUUAUUUGAGCCACGGGGGUUGCCAUACACCUUGGGGGAGUGGUAGGGGAGGAUUAUUACCCACGAUGCACCUCAUAGUAAUCCCACUUUGCAGUUUCCUCACAUCCAUAUGCUCUCCUCUGCUACUGAACAGGGCAUUAUGCGGCUAUAUAGUACUGUUUAAUAGGAGCCACAUUUUCAGGAAACCACAUCACAAUGAGAAUAUGUCAUCAUAUUUCAAACUUAAUUUACCCUUUAAAAAAUUCAAUGUUAAUCUUUGCUUUAAAUGUAAUUUCCCUCAGUUUAAUCCCCACUCAGUUAAAAUUAAAAACAAUGCUCAGAGGUUUGAUAAUAAUGCUUUUCUGUUCAAAUUUGAUUUUUGUUUUGCUGUGUAUGUAGAAGGGAUUUAAUUGAGUGAAAAGUAUUUAUAUUGUUUGCAUGAUCCAGUUUUUAAAAUUUAAAUUCAUAUAUUUCAUUUCUGUCUUUUCUACUUGUUUUGCAACAUUUAUCAGUAUUUUUUUGUAUUACAUUUCUAGUUAAUUUUAUGCCGUAAGUUUUAGAAACCAUCCUCACUGACUAGUUCUUUAACAACCACAAACAGCGAGACUAAUUAAAGUAAAUUUCAUAAGAUCAUGUUUUGUCUGCCUUAUGGGGUAGAUUACAUCGGUUGCCAAAUCCUUUAUUUUUCUUUAAUUUGAAUAAAGUAGCCUAUUUGAUGAUUUUUAGCUGAGAUGGUGUAUAAGAUACAAGGUCUGUUGGCCAUUUUGACAAGAAGCAACCCCAGCUUCGCUCUUCUGUGAUGAAGUAUUCAGGUUCAGAUUAUUGUUUUAUUCCGUUUACUCACCCAGUAUUUUUACUCUGGUUGAUAUUUGAACAUGGAUUAUGUUUGAAUACUCUAACCAAUUAUGAUGCAUCCAACCAUUAGAUACAGUUUCUAAUGCAGUAAUAACAUGAAGCCAGAGAUGUGCUUUCUGUUCUCGUCUGUGAUGCUCUUCAAGCCUGGAGGUGAGAAGACGAGGGAGCAAAGUGAACUGAUGUGCUAACUGCCUUACUCAAAUGUUUCUUUUUUUAUGUUUGCUUUUUUUUGGAACAAAAAUAAAAGAUAUGACUUCUGAUCAUA